AUGGACCGUCUUGCCCGAGUCGAAGAUGACAUUACGCUCUCCCUGGCAGAUUAUACAGUGGCAUGUAUCUGUCCCCUUGGAGUUGAGUGUGCUGCAGUGGAGGCCAUGCUGGAUGAGAUCCAUGACCCUCUCCCAACUAGCAGUGACCGCAACGCUUACACAUACGGCCGACUGGGUGCUCACAAUGUUGUUGUGGCGGUGAUGUCGGAGAUGGGGAACAAUGCGGCAGCUACCACAGCUACGCAACUUCUAAACGACUUUCCUUCCUUGCGUUUCGGCUUGCUGGUGGGUGUCGGCGCUGGCGUUCCUGGAUCGGAGACUGGCGAUGAUAUCCGAUUGGGGGACAUCGUCGUCAGUCAGCCUACGGAUACAUUCGGUGGGGUAGUGCAGUAUGACAUGGGCAAGAAAGUUGUAGAUGGCAACUUUCUGCGAAUAGGACACCUCAAUAAGCCACCUGUGGUUCUGAGCGGCAAUGUGAGGAAACUACAGGCGCAACAUCACAGAAUAAGCAGCAACAUCAGCUCCUAUAUGGCUGAAAUGAUGCAGCGGUAUCCGAAGAUGAAGGGAAAUUACCAGCAUCCGGGCCUUGAACAUGACAACCUUUUUCGGUCGGGCUACGUGCACCAGGGAGGGUCUAGUUGUGAGAAUUGUGAGCGAGGGCAAAUUGUGCCGCGCUGGCUAAGGCGAGAUACCGAACCCAAGAUCUUCUAUGGGACAAUCGGAUCAGCGAACGUGGUGGUCAAGGAUCCAGUGGUUCGGGAUAAAAUGAAGAAGGAUAUGGGAAUCAUUUGCCUCGAAAUGGAAGCAGCCGGGUUGAUGGAUACUUUCCCUUGCCUUGUUGUUCGAGGAAUCUGCGACUACGCUGACUCGCAUAAGAAUAAACGAUGGCAACCAUACGCAGCGAGCACGGCAGCAGCAUAUAUGAAGGAACUGCUGAUGAUCAUCCCUGCUCAGCAGGUUAAGGAAACAAUGAAUGCCCGGGAGUGCACGAAAGCAGUCCUCGAUGCAUUUUUGGGCGCUGUCGAAGAACCUGUCCGCAAGACCGAGAUUAAGGUGCAGCAAAUCCAUAAAAGACAGGAAGAGAACCGUGAAUCCGAGAUCUUUUCGUGGGUCUCAGAAACACCAUACGAAAAGCAUUUCAAAACUGCCAAAGAUGGGUUGCUACCAGAUUCAGGCCGUUGGCUGUUCGAAAAGCCGGAAUUUGCAAAUUGGCUGCAGUCUAAUCAGUCUGGACUAUUUUGGCUGCGUGGGAAGCCUGGGUCGGGAAAAACCAAGCUCUGUGCAAUGAUAGUAGACACAUUGAUCAAACAAGACGCAAAUGUGACCUACUUCUUUUGCAGUCGCAGUUUGAACGGCCCAGAUCGCCAGGAUCCAAAGUCUAUUCUUCGAUCACUACUCCACCAAUUAUCAUCAAAGCCUCAGGACGGAAUUCCAAAGCUACUACGAGAUGCAUACGACAAAAGAUACUCAGCUGGGAUGGCCAGGGACGGAUUGGACUUUGAUGAGUGCCGUGAGUUGAUCGGUGCGCUUCUCAAGGACUAUCCUAGCACCACGAUUGUCAUCGAUGCGCUGGAUGAAUGCAACGAGCAAAAAAGGGGCGCUCUAUUGCAGUCUUUAAGACGCUUCGCGGAUGGCUCUACUACCAGCGUCCGAGUUUUGAUAUCGAGUAGAGACGAUCGUGAUAUUGUAGUCCGGCUCAAGGAUUUGCCAAAUUUCACGAUAAAUAAAAGCGUCACUCGGACCGAUAUAGAGCGAUUUGUGGAGCAAGAGGUCAAGCAGAGUAUUCAAUCCAAAGACCUACUCUACGGUGAAACCACGUCCGAGCUGGAGAGCAAAAUUAUAGCCAAGCUGGUAGUCAAAGCGGAUGGGAUGUUCCUCUGGGUUCGACUUCAAGUCCAACGUCUAUGCCAAAUGCAGACUGAGAACCAAGUGUUAUCCCUUUUAGGACGCCUACCACCGACGCUAAGCGAGACAUACGACCAAAUUUAUGAGAAAAUCGAACAGAGCCCGAGUGCUCAUGAGGCACAUAUAGCCCUGGCAUGGCUGAUGGGUGCUCGAGGGCCUCUUCGUCCCACUCAGUGGGCUUCUGGAACCUCAUGGGCUGUUAACAAAAGUCAAGCUUUGGGAGAUACAAAGCCGAGUCACCUCAGUGCUGAAACCCUGCUUGGUAUGUGUCAGAACCUGGUCGUGUAUGACGAACUACAGAACCAUAUCGUCUACACCCAUAUUUCUGUUCUUGAAUAUCUUGAAAAGAAGCCGCAGUUUUCCAAGCUGUAUCUUGAUACUCUGGCAGCUGAGACGUGUCUUCGAUUCAUGAUUAAUACACGGCUACCAAGGCCAUCAGAUCUGGAGUAUGACUUCUACAAAUAUUCCGCACGACAUUGGAUCAGCCAUGUCAAGGCCAGCGGUCGGUCCGCUCCCUCCGAGCUGGAUGAAUUUCUGGGAAGAUGGGAGGCACCAACAAUGGCUUACCGCGAGUGGAAAGGCGCUGUUGAGGUCUUCGGGCGUCGCCAUCGAGAGUACAACUAUGCAGAUGAGAUUGCGACUCUGACGAACGGUUUACUGCUCGUAGCGUAUUACGGCAUCCGACACACAGCUCUCUGGAAGCGUUCUCGAUAUGAUCCCAACGCAACGGACGAGCGUGGAGUGUCCCUGCUUGCUUUAGCCAGUCAGAACGGGCAGCAAAGAAUCAUAGAGCUACUGGUGCGCAACGGAGCCACCAUAAACCCGGCUCGCAGGCCUAUCGAUGCAAAUACAGCAAUAUGCGCUUACAAGACGCUCUAUUCGUAUGCAGGUCAUUUUCAUGUCGACGACUGCCAUCCCUUGUUCCUUGCUAUUCAGGGUGGUCAUCCCGAGGCCGUUCAGACUCUGCUGGAUCGCGGCGCGAUGUUUCACGAUAAACACGUGCUUGAAGUUGCUGCACGCUGUGGCCCCCCGAGCGUACUUUUCCACAUACUGGAGGGAGAACCUGGCUCUAAAAUAACGACAGAGACUUUGGUAAUGGCUGCGAUGAAUGAGACGCAUCCCCAGAUACUCCAGGCUUGUCUCGGUGCGUGCCGAAGCUCUUGUAUCACCGGGGAAGUACUUGAGGCAAUCCUUGACCAUCGGAAAGACAGAAUGGAUAUAGUAACGCAGCUUCUCGCGCCUCGGAUUACCGCGAGUGUGCUUCUGGGGAUCUGGCGUCGAAAAAGACCAGCAAUUCUCAGACAGCUAUUGGAAUGGGUACCAGGCCUUCCUGUUAGUGAAGAUGUCGUUGAGCGACUGGCACUGGAUACUCCAAUUCGCAAUGACUGUGUGGUCGAAGUCUUGCGAUCCCUUGUCCCUGGUGCUUCUAUUACUUCUCAGACACUCGAGGCUGUAUUCCGUGUGAAGUCUGGUGCUGUCACGCUUCUGAAGGUUCUCUUGAACAGUAAGAGCUGCCGGACUUCAAGUACAGACACAAAGCCAAAAAACGUCAAUGUGGAAAUAGCCUCUUUGGAGUCACUGGUGGAUCUUUUCAAUGAUAAUAUUGACAUUUGCCUAACCGAGAACUUGAUUACCGCUGCCAUUUCUAACCCUGAAGAGGCUCUCAGCCUCUUGGAGCUCCUCCUUUCAAUAGACCCUUUCAUUCCCAUUACCGAAGAAGUUGUUGCAACAGUUCCGUUGAAGAAGAACAUCAUUGAACUGUUAUUGUCGAAGAGCCGGUACAUGGCGACUGGAAACAAACGUAGCAGUAAGGUUUUGCUGCAGAUACAGGAGAAACUUCGUGCUAUCGACUCAUUGAAACCGCCUCUAUCCGGACAAACGACCUCUGGUAUCACGAUUCCGGAGAAACCCGACUCCUUAAAGCCUCGUUCUGUGGUCUUCGAGAUUCGUGCCGCUGCCAUGGCCGGUAAAGAGACUUUGUUCCGCAGGCUCUUUUCCUCGGCCAAUGAAUGUCUCACCAACGACCAAUAUGGGUCAAUAUUUCUGGCUGCAAUCGAAGGAGGGGAUCCUGGUAUAUUACGGCGAUGCAUUGAGUAUGGCGGUAUAUGGCCUGGAACAGAUGAACAUGGUUGGAAUGCAGAACUAAUGGCCUUUUACAAAUGCAACAAAAGUCUUCUGUCGCAAAUUAGAGCGGAAAUUGGAUGGAAACAUACUUCUCCUUUGCCUGCGAGUGCAUGGGCAGAGGACGGUUACUCUGCUCCGGUGCCAUCCAAUGGGAGAAUACUGAGACUUACUAGUACUGAGCAAGAUAAGUCUCGGGCCUGCGCUCGGGCUAAUCAUCCCUUCAUCCCGAGCGGCACAAGCUACUUCGAAGUUAAAAUCAGGGAGCUCAAUGAGUCUGAAUAUAAGAACGAACAGUGGAUUCAAGAACGGGUGGAGAUCGGCGUCAUUGACGAGCUUCUACAAUACAGGCCUGCAUACUAUUCCGAUACUGGGUAUGUGCAUGACUUGUUCCUCACAUGGGAAGUAGGUUGUUUCAAGGAAGGAGACACAGUGGGUUAUGGAAUCGACUGGAAGAGGAAGCAACAGUUCGUCACUGUCAAUGGAGUACGAGAAGAUGUCCAUAUGUCCUUUGAUCAGCUGCACGGGAGGCGACUAUUCCCCUAUGUCCGUGUGUUUGGGAUGUCUGGGAACUGUGAAUUGGAGGCUAACUUUCAGAGCCCCUUUAUGUAUCGCCUGCUGCAGGAGCACGGAGUUGGUUGGUAA